ACAAGCUCGAGGCAGAGGCGUUGCAAGCUCGCUUCCUUCGCUCGCGGCUGCCUUGGCUGUCCAAAUCACAUCAUGCACACAGGCGGACCGGGCUGCCUGUGCACUGCUGGAUUGAAUGUGUAAGUAAGCACAAGGUAGCAAUGGUGAAUACGAGAGUAGUCAGCAGGCAGCACACCUCUUUUUACCAUCGUCGGUCCCCCGAGCUGGAAGCCGUUUCGUCCUCUCUUCUCAACCCUUCGUCAACUACCGCCUCCACAGCCCGGGUCCAUAGUGUUCGUCUGGUCAACGCCCUCUGGUGUCGCACCUAACCUAGUCACUCCUUCGAAGUUUAUAAUUAUAGUCUCUCGUUACAUCCCCUGACCAUCAGUCACUCUCUUUCUGCGGCAGCACCGUUUUACGUGGCCAUUAAUACCAAACCUCCGUCUAGUCACUCGCUCAGAGACAUUACCUGCUCAUCAUCAUAUCGCCUAAUACCAGUUCGACUCUUGUUACCAUCUCGCCCUCUUAAUCACACAACAGUCAGACACGAUGCAGUUCUCAAUCUACGCCGCCACCUGCCUGGCUCUCGUCAGCCGUGCGUUCGCACAAACCGAGGGCUUCGAUGCCAUCACCGCGCCGACCAAGGACCAAACCCUCACUGCUGGCACGACCUCAACUGUGACCUGGGAGUACAACCCACAGUAUGCGGGAACCGUCACCAUCACUCUCCUCCAGGGCGCGACCCCCGAGACACUUCAGCUUGGUAGCGCGAUCGCAACUGGCAUCGACAACAGUGCUGGGUCUUACUCUUGGAGCAUCGCCUCCAGCCUCGGGGCUGAGGCAACCUAUGGCUUGAAGAUCAGCCUCGACUCAGAUCCUUCAACUUUCCAGUACUCGUUCCCGUUCCACAUCGCCUCCAGCGGUUCUGGCUCUGGCUCCAGCUCCAGCUCCAGCUCCACUAUCAGCAGCGUCAGCGUUUCCACCACCAGCUCUCUGAGCUCUGCGACGGUCUCCUCCACCACUGGCAGCAUUUCCUCGUCUCUGUCCAGUGUGUCAUCGGCGGAUUCUACUACUGUAGCCCCGACUACUUUCCCCACCUUGGCUCCCACCAGCGGUAGCGGUGUGAACUCGACCAAGACCGCCACAGGAACGACAUUGACCUCGAAGGUGACUCCCACCGGCACCGGCUCGUCUUCGAGCUCGACCGCUGUUGCGACUGCUGGUGCCGUGAAGGUGGUUGCUGGCUCUUUCGCCGCUAUGGGUGGCCUCGCCGCGGCAUUGCUUGCUCUGUGAGAGGCUCAUCUCGAGGCUCCGACCUCUUCUCUUGUCCUGGUAUCACAGUAUAAAAGGCGGAUUGCGGUGCUGGCGAAUGCGUAAUGACCCCUUACAACUCGGUUGCAUGAGAUUUCUGUUCAUUAUUUCGGCAUGAAUGUCUGGGAAUAAUCGGGUACCCCAAACCAGUAGCCCACGACAGAGAGCUGUGCUGACUGGGCUUGGCCCUAUGUUUUCCCUCUCUUUCCGAGCAUAGAAAAGUAUAAAUGCGUUUCAAUCGAGUCAUAUUGCAAACCU